ACUGCCAUGGGGGCGCGUGGGGCAUUGGUGGUGGCAGCGGCGGUGGUGGCGGUGGUCGUGGUAAUGGGGGUGGCAGUGGCGGUGUAUGCAAUGACGCUUCCUGAGGAUACUGAUGAAGUUUCAGCUUUCUGGGCUGUGAAGUUAAGCGAUCUGGCCUUAUUGGGCACGAAUACCAAUGAGAACGAGGCUGUCAGUUUCCUGCGGCAGUAUGACGUGGAGGCGAGUGUCAUGUGCAACCGGUUCAUGGAGGCUUCGUGGGAUUUCAACACCAACGUUACUGACUUCAACAGGCGCAAAAUGCUGGCGCAACAGAUGGAGUGGGCCAAGUUCCAUCGCGAGAAGUGGACAGAGGCAACGAGUUUCGCUUGGAAGAACUUCACUAACCCAGACGUGAGGAGAAUGUUCUCUUUCCUCACCGUGCUGGGCAAAGUGGCGCUACCCAAGGAGAAGAUGCAGGAGCUGACGGAGCUCCUGCAGAGUAUGAAGACGAUCUACUCCACGGCCAAGAUCUGCCGCUACGACUCCAGACUGCGCAGACUCCCCAGCGGUGACUACGACUACUUCAGCGACUUCGAUGCCAUGGACAGUGACAACGAGAUCCCCUGCAUCCCCUCCCUCAGCCUGGAACCCCACCUGACUAACAUCAUGUCCACCUCGCGGGAUCCAUCUGAGCUGCGCUACGUGUGGCGGGCGUGGCGGGAGGUUGCCGGGAAGCCCCUUCGUCAGCAGUACCUCCGCUUCGUCGACCUAGCGAACGAGGCAGCCAAACUAAACGGUUUCAACGACGCCGGGGAGUACUGGAGGAGUGAGUACGAGGUUGACAACUUCGAGGAGCAGCUGGAGGUGUUGUGGGAGAAGCUGCGGCCCCUGUACCAGCAGCUGCACGCCUACGUCAGGGCAAAGCUGGUCGAUAACUACGGAGAGACGGUGGUGCCCAGAAACGGUCCCAUUCCGGCGCAUUUACUCGGCAACAUGUGGGCACAGACUUGGACCAACGUGAUGAAUCUAACCAUACCAUUCCGAGGACGCACCACUGUGGAUGUCACCAACGCACUGCGGAGCCAAGGCUACACCCCGCUCGCCAUGUUCCGCCUGGCCGAGGAAUUCUUCACCUCGCUGGGACUCGAACCUAUGCCCAUUUCCUUCUGGCAAAACUCACUCUUCCAGAAGCCAACGGACAGAGAGGUGGUGUGUCAUGCCUCCGCGUGGGACUUUUGCAAUGGUUUUGAUUACAGAAUCAAGCAGUGCACGGAGGUGACUACAGAGUACCUGUUCACCACGCACCACGAGAUGGGCCACAUUCAGUACGACCUGCAGUAUCGCAACCAGCCCUUCGUCUUCAGAGACGGCGCCAACCCAGGAUUCCACGAGGCAGUCGGGGACGUCAUGGCGCUGUCCGCAUCCACGCCACGCCACCUGCAGGCAGUCGGUCUUCUCGAUAACGUGGAUGAGUCCUUCGAAACUGAUAUUAACUUCCUUUACGCCAUGGCCCUCGACAAGAUCGCAUUCCUGCCCUUCGGAUACCUGAUGGAUAAGUGGCGGUGGGAGGUGUUCAGGGGAGACACCACUUCCUCCAACCUCAACACUCGCUGGUGGGACAUGCGGCUCUCCAUCCAAGGAGUCUCACCUCCCGUGCCCAGGAGUGAAGAGGACUUCGACCCGGGCGCGAAGUUCCAUGUGCCUGCUAAUGUGCCUUACGUCAGGUACUUCGUGAGUUUCAUCAUUCAGUUCCAGUUCCACUCCGAGCUGUGUAAGGCUGCGGGCCACCAGGGGCCACUCCACCGGUGUGACAUCUACCGCUCUCAAAGAGCCGGCAAGUUGCUGAGAGAUGUAUUGUCCUUGGGCAAGUCACGGCCGUGGACAGAGGCGCUGCAGCGACUGACUGGCGGCAAAAGCAACACAUUAGACGUGGAACCCAUUCUGGAAUACUUCGCACCCCUCCAGUCGUGGCUGGAGUCUCAAAACAGAGGACAACUUAUCGGAUGGAGGGAGAGCGAGGCCAUCGUGCAGCCCAUCACCACCUCCAGUUUAUCCAUGAUCACGGGCGUCAUCCUGGCCUGCAUCGCCGUGCUGCUGCUGCUGGCCCUCAUCUUCAUCGUCGUCAGGAGAGUGGUGCGGUCAGGCAAAGCCAAGACCCCGACGCAAGGCACAUGAAACCACGCCGACAAUCCGAAAUCCGAGGAAAAGAUCAUCGAGGAAGAUUUAGGGACCAUCUAGAUCACGCCGACCGAGGCUUGUAGUUUACUGUGUUUCUAGAGAUUCACGUGUACUCCCGAUCUUCCUUCUGCACUGUGUGACUAUUUCGACGUAAGAUACGGGGAAAAACACAAAAUACGAGUGCGAGUGAAAAUGUGUGUGUGUUUACUACUGCGAUGCAAGGACAGACUGAGCCUACUGACACUGAGAAAUCGGUGCUUCGAGUUGGUCCCGACGAUCUUUCUCGAAACGAAACGAACCAUACGUAAUUAGUCUAAAGAAAAGGAAACUCCAGAUUAUUAAAAGCGAUGCCAAGCGUAUUUUGGAAGAGAUUUGCAUUGAAAAGUUAAUACAUGCAAUAUUUUUUCUCUCUCUCUCUCUCUAUCAUUGACCGUUUCCUCUUUUCCAAAAUCUCCAAAGCUCCGGAUCCGACUCACCAGCUCAACAGUUUCCAUUUAGUAAUUGGUUUGUGAAAUGCACCUGUUUCAAUUUCUUCCUCGAAUUUUGGAUAUGUCGGACUGUCGUUAUGAAUGUGAAUUGCGUGUGUGUGUGUGUGUGUGUGUGUGUGUGAGAGAGAGAGAGAGAUUGGGUGGGGAGGAGGGGAAGUUGUUAGAAUACAGGAAAUGUUUUUUUUAAUUCUAGUGAUCACUGUUGAGAGAGAGAGAGAGAGAGAGAGAGAGAGAGAGAGAGAGAGAGAGAGAGAGAUUCUUAUGGUAGUACCUGAGGUAAGAUGUAUAAAAUACGUGUUGAAUUAGCUGACUUUCCUUGAAUAUAAAAUAUCCUUGCUGGCUAGGAACUUAGGAAUAAAAGAACGAUAAUAUGAUGUUUGAAAAUAAUAUAAUGUAACGUGUGUAUGAAUGAGGAGCUAGAAUAAUAAAGGUGCAUAAAAAGGA